AUGUGGAAAUCUGCAACCGUCUACCAGCUUUAUCCAGCGUCGCAUCAUAUCGCCAAACUCGACUAUCUCAAAAAUCUUGGUGUGGACGUUAUAUGGCUCAGCCCGAUCUACCGUAGCCCAUUGGCUGAUAUGGGAUAUGAUAUCUCGAAUUAUAAGGACAGUGAUGCGCGCUAUGGCACAAUUGAAGACUGGGACCGCCUUCUGGCGAUGGAUCUGGUGGUGAAUCAUACAUCCGACAAGUACAUCUGGCGUCCUGGUAAAAGUGUGUUCCAGGGCUCUGCCUGGGAACACGACUCUACAACCGGGGAGUACUAUCUCCACCUUUUCGUAUCUAAGCAGCCAGACUUGAACUGGGACAAUCCUGUUGUGCGUUCCGACAUCUGGGAUAACAUGCAAUUCUGGCGGGCAUCACCACAGAUUGACGUGAUCAAUUGCAUCUCGAAGACGGAUGGUCUCCCCGAUGCGCCUCUGGUGGACCGCAUGCAGUAUUACCAACCUGCCAGCAUGUACAUCACGAACGGACCGCAGGUCCACAAAUACAUCAAACAAAUGCACACCGAGGUUCUCUCCCAGCAUGACCUCAUUAUGGUCGGUGAAACGCCCUUCACACAUGAGGCAUCCGGGCUCGCCGCGUACGUCCUUCCGCAAAACCGCGAGUUCAAUAUGCUCUUCCAAUUCGAGCUCAUGGAUUUUGACUCGCGCUCCGAAUCGCCGCUCCUCAAGAAUUUUUGGACACUCGGUGAGCUCAAGGCAAUCAUCGGUCGCUGGCAGCGCUUCAUGCGCGAUGAUGGGUUCUGGAAUGCGGCUUACAUCGAGAACCAUGACCAAGCGCGGUCAGUGGUGCGCUUUUGGAACGACACGGCCCAGUGGCGCGCCGUCUCCGCCAAGAUGCUCAUUAUCCUUGAGAUCACGCAGAUGGUGACACUAUACGUCUACCAGGGGCAGGAACUUGGGCUCAAAAAUUUCCCACGGACAUGGAGGAUUGAGGAAUACGAUGACGUGGCGAGUCAGAUUUAUUGGAAUUUGACCGAAUACCAGAGACAGAAAGCACAGGGGAAGGAGGCUGUUGAAAUGUUUGAUAUUCUCGACAGUUUCGCACAAAAGGCGCGCGAUCACGCGAGGACGCCAAUACAGUGGAAUGCAGGUGCACAUGGAGGCUUCACGACCGGGACACCGUAUAUGCGCGUAAACGACGAUUACCCAGAAUGGAACGCUGAACAACAGAUCGGUGAUGAAACCAGUGUGCACGCAUUCUGA